ACCGAAGGUCGGUUUCUUGAAGGAACAGUGGAAACACUCCUAGUGGCGGCGCGCCGCCGGAACAUAGUGUUGCGGUUUUUCUCGUACGGAAAUGUGAAAAUUUUCGUAGUACAACGGGAAAAUCAAAGGCGAUUAGCGUGUGCCGUUGGUCGACGGUAAAAGGGGUCAGAAGGCCUGCCAGUUGCGACAUGGCGGGUUUUCGAGAAGAGGAUAAAGCACUCUUCCCGAUCCAGAGCAUCUCCUCGAUCGUCCAGAUCUUCCAAAAUCAACUGGAAAAUAGCUCGGAGCCGGACCUCGCGCUACUUUCGAUUCUCGUCGGAGCUGUUGAGAAUUCCCUAACCUGUAACCGAACAUUUACGUCGCAGGAGAGCACUGUUUACGACGAGCCUAAAUUGCCGGCCGUCGAAUAUCAUAUAGCCGAAGCAUUAUAUACUAAGUUUCACGCUGUUAUCAAAGGAGCUGUCGAUCUCACGGUUUACGACACCAAAUACGCUACGCGUGAACUCAUCAAGAAAGUCUCCGACGUUAUAUGGAACUCGCUCACGAGAAGCUACUACAAGGAUCGAGCUCAUCUACAGAGCCUCUACAGUUAUCUUACCGCAAAUAAAUUGGAUUGUUUUGGAGUCGCUUACGCAGUAGUCGCUGGUUGUCAAGUGUUAGGAUUUAAAGAUGUGCAUCUUGCUAUGUCAGAGGACCACGCAUGGGUCGUAUAUGGAGAGCAUGGUUCUGAAACUGCAGAGGUUACAUGGCACGGGAAGGGAAACGAGGAUAAACGUGGGCAACCCGUUGAACCUGGUGUAGCUUCUCGAUCGUGGUUGUACGUAAAUGGUCAGGCAGUUGUAUGUUCUCGUGCUAUGGAAGUUGCCACAAUAGUAUCUGCUAUAAAUCCUAGUCUGAGCGCAACAGCAGAUGCGGCAGAAGUAGCGUUACUUCAACAAGAAUUAUUAUGGUUACUCUACGAUUUGGGUCAUCUUGCCAAAUAUCCUAUGGCGCUUGGUAAUUUGGGUGAUUUAGAAGAAGCUGCGCCAACACCAGGAAGACCUCCUGCAAUAGAUUUGUUUCAGGAAGCCGUAAGAUGUGCAAGAAAAUAUUACGGCAAUGCACACGUUUAUCCAUAUACUUAUCAAGGUGGAUAUCUUUAUAGACAUGGAUUACACGCUAAUGCUUUGGCGUCUUGGUCAGACGCUGCAGACGUAUUGAGAAAAUACGAUUAUUCGCGGGACGACGGAGAAAUAUAUAAGGAAUUAUUGGAAAUUGCCAACGAAUUGAUACCGCACACGGUAAGGGCCGACGAACGACUGUUACGACAGCCACGGUGUUUCGUGUAUCUCCUAAGAUUUUACGACAGUAUCUGUCAAUGGGAAGAAGGAGCAAAUACUCCUGUCCUGCACAUAGGUUGGGCACGACCAUUAGUGAAUACAAUCUCUAAAUUCGAUGCUUCGAUCCGUGCUCAGGUUGUCAUCGAGUGUUACGAUAUGGAGACGAAGCAAGAGGAAGAAAAAAUGCAGAAGAGGGAAACGAGUCCCGAGGAGACUCUUAACAAUAAUAAUAAUAAUUAUUGUAAAACGAAGGAGAGGGGUAAUGCAGCACGCGAUUUAAUCAAAAGUUUGGAGUCUAAAGUACCGGCUAAUCCAGCACCGAUGCAUCCCAGUAUUCAAGCGUUAACAGCUGCCUGCAGUGAAAAAAUCCUCAACAGGGAUUAUUUGCUGCAAGGUGGUGGGGAACCAUUCGUCGCUCCUCCCGAGGAUGCCUUACCUCCAGCACCGUCAACAUCUCAGGAAAGCCUAGAUCCUGAGGAGGAAGUCGAUUCUGAAAAUGAGAGGCCAAGAAUAACUUUGUACAGUCAGAAAAUGAAGGGCCUCAAGGAUCUUCUUCUAGCCGAGAAGUUAAAUACGCAUGCUAUUUCGUUGCAAUUAACCGCACAAAGUCAGGUACAAAUAGGUAAGAAGUCACGCGGUAGCGACGAAGUAGGAGUCAAUCAGCGUCCGAAGAGGACGCGGCGCGAAUAGUAUAAAAUCUUUGACCACCGUUUUGGUCUGGUUAAGUAUUGAAACACGUUAACCCGUUCUAUGUCUCGUCUUUUAUAAACGACGAGGAGUAACGGGAAACGUGAUUGAAGAUACACAACGGUGGUCUGUACUUGCCGUCGAAAUGAAAGAAAAGCAAGAAAGAAAGAAAAAAACAAAAGAAACACAAAUCAGAAGGAAAAGUCUUCGCUCUCACAGUUUCCUUGUAUUUUUUCGAAGUGAAUUCUCGGAGUUGAUUAUUUUUCGAAGGAGAAAAAUCGUGAUGAAUUUUGUGCUGCUUGAUUUUUACAUUCUCUCAUUUAAUGCCGAGACGAUGGGAACUUUGUCGUUUUAGAGAUAGGUAUAGUAGAUAUGAACAAAAUUUAUAGAAAAGUACAAAAAAGUUCUCCCCCAUCCCACCCCCUUAUUUAAGUUAAAUACCGAUAAUUGCGAGUACUUGAGUUUUCGCGUCUUCGUGAAAAGAAAAGAAAAGAAAAGAAAAGAAAAAGAAAAAGAAAAAUGAAGGUAUUUUACACGCUUUAGACGCAUGUAUUCUUUCAUUCUUCCACGGUGUUUAAAAAAAGAAAAAAAGAAAGAAAGAAAGAAAAGAAAAACAAACAAACAAACAAACAAACAACAACAACAACAAAAAGAAAAAGAAAAGAUAUCUUUCCUUAUCGCACGGUGGAGAAAAAAAAAUGAAUCGAAUAUCGUACCUAAUUCUAUUAUUAUAGAACACUCAGAUUUUUCCCUUCAGUACGAUUAUUUAUUCUAUUAACGACAUAAUAAUGAUUUAUCGAGGCGCGAAUCGAUCGAUAUUCGGUAUUCGUCGUUUCUCAUAUGUCUAACUUUCUUGUUGCACUAUUAUUUAUUGAUUCACGUUUUUUCUAUUGAAGCUAUUGCACUAUGAAUGAUUACAAUUGACAAGUUGUCGUUAAUGUUUUUUAAAUGGUAGUUAAAACUUUUGUUAGAAUUACGCUUCUAUGGUCUAGUAAGAAAAACCACACAUUCCACUCUGUACGUGGUGCAAACUAAUUAAGUUUUACCUAAGGUAUUUUAAGCAUAAAAUGUUCGCUUAUUUUUAUAACUAUUUAUUUUCAGAAGUAAUUAUAAGUACCUAUUCGUAGUACUCUGUUUGGCUAUUUUUCGAUAGGAUAGGAAGAACAUAGACACGGUGCGCUAUUCUAUGAUUUGACGUUCGAUUAUUCGUCGUGUCAGAUGGCGAAAUAUCUUUUAAUUACGGACGAAUUUAAAAAACUUGCGACAGAAUUUCCAAACGAUGAAUGUUCAAUGAUACUUUUUCUUUCUAAAAUCUUUACUUUUCGUUGCGUUCUACGAAUGUCAUGUAUUCGUACGCUCGUCGUCGCAAGUCUAAUUGUAUUUUCCGGCAGCUUCUCGCAGCUGACGAUUUUUAUUAUUUUAACGUUUUAUUUUUCAUCUCUUUUUUUUCAUAUUAUUAAUUAUUAUUAUUAUUAUUACUAUUAUUAUUACUAUUAUUUUUAUAUCUAUCGACAUUGAUUUUUCCGUAGUACUAACGUUAUGCGUUUCUUUGUUUCUUUUUUUUUUUUUUUUUUUUUUUAAAACGCGCAAUACAAUGGUCAUAGAGGUAUGACCCGAAUCAUUUUAUCGAACACAGUACCUUCCUAACAGUACUAUAUUAUUAGUUGCUCCUAUCCUAAUUACCUCGAAUCUUGAUGGAUAUUGCGGAUAUCCAAGUACGUAAAUAAAUCGCAUCGACUUUGAUGUUAAGAAAAGGAAAAGGAAGAAAGAAAGGGGGAAAAAAGAAACAGAAAUGAAUAAGAAUUAUUUGACAAUGUUUAGACGGGUUGUUGUAGAGUACGUUGUUGACAGGAUGAAUAUAAAUGGUCCGAGAAGAUCGACGAUCACUUAAUAAUGAAAGGCGCUAUCUUACUGUGAUGCUGAAUAUAUACUAUAUAUAAAUAUAUAUAUAAAUAUAAAUAUAUAUAUAUAUAAUUAUACAAUUAAUAAUCGUAAUAACUAACAGGCAGCCUGACAAUUGCAGAAUUUAUUCUCCCUCGGCGAGAAAAGGGAAAUUCUCUUUGCGUCGCGCUGAUCUAUUAAAACGAGAUAAGAAAAAAAAAAAGAAGCAACAAGCUAAUAAUUAAUGAAAUAAUUAGGAACGAUUACAUAAUGUAAUUAUUGCGGAAAUAAUGAGAUAUCGAUAUUCGACGUGAUAUCAAUUAUGUCGGCCGUCGACCGUCUGCCGUGCUUGCUGCAGCUAAAAUCGAUCUUUUCGAGUAUAUAUAUAUAUAUAUGUAUUUUUUUUUUAUAUAUAUCUUUCUCUUAUUAUUUCUUCUUUUCACAAUGGAACGCAUUACAUAUACGUAUAUAUGUAUAUAUUUAUCAUUCUCGCCGCAUAAUCCAUGAUCGUUCCUUUUUAGCAGGCGAGGCACGUCAGAAUCAGCGGCAUGUUUUUUUCUGACAUUGUAUCGACGCAUUUCUCCUAGCGUUUAUCGAAAGUUAACAAAAAUAAAACAAAAUAAAAAAAAUAAUAAUAAUAGUAAAAAAGAACAAAAAAAAAUAAGAAAAAUCGCAAUGGAGAGUAACGUGCGCGUUACGAGUUAAAAAAAAAAAAUUCAUACGUAUAGUCAUCGCACGCUCGUAUAUGUAUAUGAAUAUGUUAUGUAUGUAUAUGCGUGUACGAGAGAGUGAUCGCUUUUUUCUUUCAAUUUCUUUUUGUUUUCUUUAUAUAUGUAUACAUAUAUGUAUAUAUACAUAUAUACACACAUAUAUAUGUAUAUGUAUAUAUAUAUAUAUGACUUAAUUGGCCGAUGCAAGUUUGAAUUUUUCACUCUCUUUGUCAGCAAUCAAAGAAAAACAAAAAAAAAAGAAAAGAAAAGAAUAUUAUUCGUUUUAUCUCGAAACUAUCGAUGAAUUGUAUUUUUUAUAAAUCGCGUAAAAUUCGUUUAAUCGUAGAAUCUCUUUCGUCGAAAAUAAAAAAUGAGGAAGAAGGAGGAGAAAAAUGAUGAAAAAAAAGAGAUAAAAAAAAAGAAAGAAGAGAGAUAUGAUAAACGAAUUGUAAAUCUUCUCUGCGCCGUUUGCUAAUGAUGCGUAUGCGUAUCCAGUAUUUUUUAUUUUUAUUUUUUUUUCUCUCGAUGAUAUAAAAGGAGCGGUUUUAAAGACUACAGGGAUUAUUAUGCAUAAUUAUAGGAAUAGUAAGAGAAGAAUUAUGGUGCAACAGAACAGUAUUUUUAUAUUAGCGGGGGCGCGGAAUUGUCCUCUUCUCAUCUUAUUAUUGGUAAUAUUUGAACGUAGAGUCAGAUGAUCAUUGCGCGACGUUUUCUUAUUGAUGUAUGUAAAUUGGAGUUGUGCGUUAAAAAAAAAAAAAAAGAAAAAUUUGGAAAAGAAGAAAAAAUCGCUCGCGAAUGUUUUCGUUGCGAUGCGCAAAUCAGCGUUGAAUGAUAAUGAUGAUGAUGAUGAUAAUGAUGAUUACGAUGAUAAUGAUGAUGAUGAUGAUGAUGAUGAUGAUGAUGAUGAUGAUGAUGAUGAUGAUGAUGAUGAUGAUGAUGAUGAUGAUGAUGAUGAUGAUAAUGAUAAUGAUGAUCAUGAUAAUGAUUUAUUGAUAAAUUAAUUCUUAAGAAAAAUUCGUAAAUGUUUGUAAAACUAUUAUAUGUAUUUUAUCGAGCAUUUCGAUUACAGAUAAAUUAAUAUUAUUCGCUCAAUUACCAAUUUCGAGGAAAGGAAGGAUAUGAAGGGGUGUCCUUGAUAGUACGCGCACGAAGGAUGGAUUAUAAAUGAAAAAGAAAAAUUAGGGAAAAAAAAGAAGAAAGAGAUCUUCAAUCAUCGUCUUCUCGCUCUCUCGAAAGAAAAGAGAAAUGAAAAAUAGUCACGAACAUUUUCCCCGUAGUGCUCUUAAUUUUCGAUUCUCGUUCGGAGAAAACAGUAACAAAGCCUUUUGAAAAUGUGUUAUUUGAAACUAAGGAAAACAAAAUAAUCACUAACACAUGAAAAAAGAACACACUAUUUACAUACACAACACUAUAAAACACGCUAGAAUUAAUCUCUAUUUCUCUCUCUCUCUCUCUCUCUCUCUCUCUCUCUCUCUCUCUCUCUCUCUCUCUCUCUCUCUCUCUCUCUCUCUCUCUCUCUCUCUCUCUCUCUCUCUCUCUCUCUCUCUCUCUCUCUCUCUCUCUCUCUCUCUCUCUAUCUCUUUGUAUUUUUCACGCAACGAUUUAUUAUCUUAUUCCGUAUGUAUUGCAAUAUUAUUACGAUGAACACAAGAUAGAUCAUUUUCCAAUGUCGAUCUUUGUCUAAUCUUUAUCUAUCUCUAUCUAAUCUUUUUCAAACUGCACACACACACGUUCACGAUGCUGUCUUGCCUUUAAGUUUUAUCUUGACUUCGAGUCAUAGUUCGUAAGGUAGGUUUGCCAUGUGCACUAAAAAAAAAAAAGAAAGAAAAGAAAAAAAAGGAAAAAAAAAACGAAGAAAAAAUAAAAAAAAACCAAAUAAUAAAAAAGAGAAAAGUCCGAGGAGUGAUCGCUCUCCAUCCAUCGUCCGUAUGAAGAAAAAGAUAAAAUAAAGAAAUAAUUUAAAAAAAAAAAAACAAAAAAAAAGAAAAGAAA